UCCAGACCAGGUUUUAGCUGAUUACCAAAACGGGGUCUCGGGGAAUCAACGCCAGUGAGCAGAUCUGGGUGGAGAGAUUUUUUUUUCAUGAGAGAAAGAGGGAAAACAGGAGAGAGAGAGAGAAAAACCCCUCCACUCACAGUUAUCCAUCUGGCUGAGGGGAGAUAAGAAUCGGUUACCUCAUGCGCACUGUGCACCUGAACUUUUUUUUUUUUUUUUUUUUGCAGACGUCUUUUUCCACUCUCAAUAGAAGAAGAAGAAAUGAUACAAAGUGUUUUCGAAUUAAUCUUCAGAGUUUCCGCCUCUUUGAUCGUGGUGUGAAAGUGUGGUGAAGACAUGGCCCCAGGGGGAAUCUGAGUGUGUGACUGCAGAAGAAGAGACGCCCUGCCCGCAUCCAGAUGUUCCAUGUUUCCCCUGCGCGCGCUCUGGAGAGGUUACUGCUCGCUGAGGAAGAGGGGGGGAUCGUGAAGGCACAGCCCGCUGUCCAUUGGCACCAGAUCAGAUUGGAGGAACAAUGAGCGUCAUGCUAUUUUUCUGAGGGUUUUCGGAUCACAGUUCAACUUUUCGUCCGGAGAAUGGAGAGCGGCAAGCUGAGGACGCCGCUGCUGCUGUGGAUCCAGUUGUUCUGGGUCUUUGCGCUGCGCGCGCGGGCGCACGCUGGUUCACAUCACGACAACGUGAUUGACCUUCUGGAAGCUCUAAACAUGUCCCACCACAUUAGUGGCGUGUCGAAGGCGCAGAGUCCCGAUGGCGUGAUAUACAGAAUCCGUCCCAGAGCACCCUACCUGACGCUGCCUCCAGAAUAUUCCCAAUUCCUGCACUCCAACCUUCUGGGUAGCAUGGGGGUGCAUUUCGUGGGGCGUCAGUCAUCAGGCUCCAGUGCCACUCUUUUCUCUCUCUCCUCUCCAUCCGCACCCAUUCUCCAAAUCGUCUCCUCCACCCUCAAUAACACGCUGCACUUGGAGUACCAGGCUGGAGGAGGAGCAGCUCGGGGCCUCACCAGCUUCCACUUCCCCACGAGCAACCCCUUCUCCGGGGAGGAGUGGGUCCAGUUGGCCGUGAGCCUGGAGCCAGAUAGACUGGCCUUUUUUGUGGACUGUGAAGAAGCUGUUGUUGUGCCGAUAAAGAGUGAAGGGAGGAUCAACCUGGAACUGCCUCAAAAUGUUGCCAUCACUCUUGCCAGCUCACCGCAAAGGAAGGACAGCAAAUUUAGUGGACAUUUGAAGACAGCUGAGAUUUCAAUGAAAGCAUAUCUAAGGCGCCCAUGGCUCUGCGACAAUAUUACAGAUAAUCUGCCCUCGUCUAAGUACGUGGACGACCAGAGCUCAGAUUCUGGGACUGACAGCAGUCGGACGUUUCAGCAGGGUGCUUCCCCUAGUAAACCUCCAACAAGCCACAGGCCAGUGGACCAAACCAGCAAUUAUCCCCAGGACGUCCAGAGUGACCAGCUGCAGAGAGGCGUUGUCCUGGGGCCGCCGGGAUCUCCUGAAGGGGUGAGGUCUGUUUCUCAGGUCCAGAAAGAUGACAGGCUGAAGACGCUGGAGAAGAGGAUGGACGAUCUCGCUCGUAUGCUGGACAUGGUCAAAGCUCAGAAUGUGGAGCUACAAUCACGUGUAAAGUACCUGGAGGGAUGUGAGUGUGUGAGGCAGCGAUGUGAAUGGGAGGGACGUGAAGUGGACGACGGCCAGCGCUGGCAAAUUGACCUCAGCACUGUUUGUACUUGCACAUCUGGAAAGGUCACAUGCCAACCUAACAUCAGAGGGUGCGAGCUGGAUGGCACAGUUCACAACGUGUCCUACAGCACUAUAGACGGAUGUCAGACAUGUACGUGUAAGGGUGGAAACAGGGAGUGCUCUCCGCUGCCCUGCCCUUCACUUGACUGCACACAGACGGAGACUGUGCUUGGAGACUGCUGCCAGCAUUGCAAGAGCUGUGUCCAUGCGGGUGUCCGGUAUGAACACAAAGCCAAGUGGAGACCAGAGGAGAGUUCCUGUGAUGUCUGCUACUGUUUGGAGGGUCGUGUUCACUGUGAGAGGGAGCAGUGCCACACCUCUUGUAAAAACCCAGCUGCCCCACCGCCCAAUACCUGCUGUCCAGUUUGUCAAGGCUGUGGUGUGAAUGGUCAUGACUUCCCUAACGGAGCUGGGAUUCCGACUGGGGACCGUUGUGAAGAGUGUACAUGUGUGAAUGGAAAUGUUGCGUGUUCGCCCCUUCCCUGUCCUGCUUUGGCUUGUCGAAACCCUACACAUCGGGCUGGAGACUGUUGCCCACGGUGUGAGCAAUGUGAUUAUGAGUCCAAGUUGUACGUGGAUGGGCAGAUGUUCCCCUCCGGGAGAGACCCCUGCCUCCGCUGCAUCUGCACUGCAGGUGAAGUGUCCUGUGAACGUCGGGAUUCCUCAUGUCCCACGCCGCGCUGUAAUCAUCCAGCUAAGCGUAAAGGAGAGUGUUGUCCCACAUGUGAUGAAUGUGAGUAUGACAGGAGAGUGUAUGCUCAUGGGGAAGCGUUCAUCCCCGCUGGGAGUGGACCCUGUCUACAGUGCAGGUGUAAGGGCGGGAGUGUAAUUUGCCAUGAAGAAAAGUGCCCCCCUGUCCAGUGCUCCAACCCUAUUAUAGACCCACACCGCUGCUGUCCACUCUGCAAAGCGUGUGUGUUGGAGGGCGUGGAAUAUGAAGAAGGCUCUAGCUGGCAAGUCCAGAACCCCUGCUCAAGUUGCAUCUGUGUGAAUGGAGAGACUCUGUGCACACAUUCACACUGCCCCCCCAAUGAGUGCCUGCAUCCCACUAAGACUACUGGCUCCUGUUGUGCAACGUGUGGAAGCUGCACCUAUAAUCAUCGUAUCUAUAGCGACGGACAGAGGUUUACGACCCCUGACCAGCCCUGUCACAUCUGCACCUGUCAGCACGGGACUGUGGCGUGUGAGAGAAGACCUUGUCCUCCACUCAACUGUACAAACUCAUACACACCCGCGGGAGAGUGCUGCCCUAAAUGUCCAGAUUGCUCCUUUGAAAACCGUGUGUUUGUGGACGGACAGGUUUUUCUCAAUCCCGUGAGUGUGUGUGAAGAGUGUAAGUGUGUGAGCGGCAGGAUUGACUGCCACCAAGCACAAUGCCCUCAGCCUCACUGUAAUGCGCCUCGACCUGGAACAUGCUGUCAUAACAACUGCAACGGUUGCAGCUAUACCGGGAAAGAGUAUCCCAAUGGACUGGAGUUUCCCCAUCCCACUGACAAGUGCAGGACAUGCAGCUGCAUAAAUGGGAACGUCCAGUGUCUGAUGAGGAGGUGUCCACCACUGCCGUGUUCCAACCCAAAUGUGCUGCCAGGAGACUGCUGCCCCCAGUGUCCAGCUCCUCCGUCGGACUGUGUGUAUGAACAACGAGCCUACAGACACGCUGAGCGUUUUUACCACCCGACCGACAACUGUCGAUCAUGUACCUGCACCAACGGGACAGUUCACUGUCAGCGCAAGCCUUGCCCCUUCACUGCAUGUUCUCACCCCGUCACACAAGAGUGCUGCCGGACCUGCGAAGGCUGUUCACACGAGGGUCGAGAGCGAGCUAAUGGGGAGACGUGGGAUGACGCGUCAGACCCAUGUGUCGCAUGUGUGUGUCAUGAGGGCUCUGUGCGGUGUGAAAGGAAGCGCUGCCGACCCUCCAACUGUAACCACCCAGUCCGCAGACAGUGCUGCAUGUCCUGUGAUGGCUGCAUGUUUCAUGGUAAAGAAUAUCCCGACGGCACUGAGUUUGCUGAUGACAAUGACGCAUGUGGUGUGUGUUAUUGUUACGGAGGGGAUGUCGUCUGCUCCAGGCUCCCCUGUUAUGGAGAUUGCAGCCACCCGUAUAAACCACCCGGACAAUGCUGUGGAGAAUGCGAACGCUGUUUCUAUAACACUGUUGUCCUCACCAAUGGCCAGUCGAUCCCUGACCCAGGGAACCCCUGCUCUGAAUGUACCUGCCAGAGUGGUUCAGUGCACUGUGUGAAGAAGACGUGUCCAGCAGCUCUGUGUCCUCACCCCGUCACCAACCCAUGUGGCUGCCCCGUCUGUGACGGUUGUCACUUCCAAGGCGUCUCAUAUGUUGACGGACAGGUUCUCCCAGGAGGAGAGAACGGAUGCAGGGACUGCACCUGCUCAAGAGGUGAGGUGGCAUGUGUGCAGAGAAGAUGCCCCGCUGUGUCAUGCCCACACCCUGCCCUGGACGGCUGUGCAUGUGGAGUGUGUGACGGAUGCAAUUUUAAUGGACGAGGGUGUUUUAACGGAGAGCGAUUCCAACACCCGACCGACCACUGCCAGCUCUGCUCCUGCUUGAACGGCGGCGUGGUGUGCACACGUGCAUCUUGUCCAAGCGUUGCCUGUGUGCGACCAGUGACUCCUCCGGGGGAGUGUUGCCCCGUCUGCACAGGCGUGUGUCUGCAUCAGGGCAAAGAGUAUCAGUCCGGCUCCACCUUCUCUUCCCCCUCUGAUCCCUGCUCCUCAUGCUCCUGUCUGAAUGAGGUGGUGAACUGUCAGAGGAGACCUUGUCCAGUCCGGUGCUCACAUCCGGUCCCCUCAGAAACCUGCUGCCCCGUCUGUGACUCGUGUCUGUAUGAGGGUGUCGUGCACUCUCACAGUCACACCUUCACACCCUCCCUCCACAACCCCUGCCAGCGCUGCACGUGUGUCAGAGGUACCGUCACUUGUUUGCCACUCGUCUGCCCACCGACGCCCUGCGCUCGACCCGUCACCAAGCCUGGACAGUGUUGUCCUGAGUGCACAGCGUGCAUGCUGGACGGACAGGAGUUCACCGACGGGCAGACAUGGACCCUCGGUUCAAACCACUGCUCGACCUGCACCUGCCAGGCAGGUGAAGUACAGUGUACAUCUCCUGGGUGUCCCAAGCUGAAAUGUAUGCAUCAGGUGACUGAUCCAGGAGCCUGCUGUCCUCGCUGUAGAGGUUGUAUGUAUGGAGCCGAGGAGCACGCCGAGGGCAGCAGCUGGUUCGCAGACUCCACGCCCUGCAUGACAUGUAUGUGUGUGGACGGGGUCACCACCUGCUCUGAAGUACACUGUCUAUCCCCAUGUAUCAACUUCAUCAGUGUGCCUGGGGAGUGCUGCCCUGUGUGUGCUGACUGUGUAUUUGAGGGCAGAGUGUAUGGCCCAGGGGACAGUUUUCAUCCAGCUGACGACCCCUGUCAGAUCUGCACUUGUGAGGUGAUGCCAGACGGAGAGCAGCACCUGAGGUGUUUACGAAAGCAGUGUCCCAGGCUGGUCGACUGUCCCAAGAGCAACAUCUUGUUCUCUGGCCCAGAAUCCUGCUGUCCUGUCUGUGCACAACCUCUCAGUAACUGCACCGCUGCCCUGAUUGGCAACGAGGUGUUGGCCACAGACGACCCCUGUUUCACCUGCCACUGCAAGGACCUGACAUGGACCUGCCUGCACCAAAUGUGCCUCCCAAUUUCAUGUCCUCUAAAGGAACAGUUCAUGCCUCCAGACUCCUGCUGCUCCGUGUGUAAAGACUGUGUGAUUGAAGGUCAGGGCAAGGUGACUAAUGGCAGCAGCUGGACAGACAGCGAAGACAACUGUGUGACAUGUACCUGUAAUUUGGGCCACAUUGAAUGCAGCAUUGAAGAGUGUUUGCCUGCAGUUUGUCUGGGUGGACAGAAGCAAGUGAAGACUCCGGGGAAAUGUUGCCCUGAAUGUCACGACUCAGGAGCCUCGUGUUUGCACCAGGGGACGGUGUAUCACAGUAACGAGCAGUGGGAGGUGGACGAGUGCACAAGCUGUCAGUGCGUAUCUGGAGACGUACACUGUCAUAGUGAACGCUGCCCUCCCCUCACCUGUACAACAGAUGAGAUGCCCGCAGUUGUCCCGGGUUUGUGUUGUCCUCAUUGCCUUCCCCGUCCAGCCACCUGCAUCGCCUUCGGGGACCCUCAUUAUCGGACCUUCGAUGGCCGCAUGCUGCACUUCCAGGGAGCGUGCACCUAUGUCCUGGUGCAGGACUGUGAGGGUGGAGACUUCAGUGUUCAUGUGACUAACGACGACCGUGGACGUAAAGGAGUGUCCUGGACUAAAGAGGUUACCGUGUUUAUAGGAGACGUCACAGUGCAGCUACUCCAGGACUGGGUUGUGAAGGUCAACGAUGAAGUUGUGAGUUUGCCAUUCCUCAGAGAACCGUACAUCUACAUUGAACGACAAACCAACACCAUCUUACUCAACACUAACAUCGGCCUGAAGGUGCAGUGGAGUGGCCGUUCACACCUGGAAGUGAGCGUGCCAGGCUCCUAUAAGACCCACACCUGUGGUCUCUGUGGAAACUUUAACAACUACUACCAGGAUGACCUCCGGAUGCCCAGCGGACGACUCAGCCUCUCAGAGUCCGACUUUGGCAACAGCUGGAGGGUCAAAAAUGGUAGUCGCUCCCUCUCAACUUGUCGACCUGGUGAAGAUGUCGACCCCUGCAAGGACGCAGGUUACCAGGCCAAGAAGGGGGCUAAUGCUCGCUGUAAGGUCCUGAAGUCCGCCGUCUUCAAGCCCUGCCAUCGCGUGGUGCCUCCUGAGCCGUGGUACGGAGCCUGCGUCUACGAUCUCUGUGCCUGCGGGGCCAAUAGUGAUGAGUGUCUGUGUGACGCACUGGAGGCCUACGCCAGUCAGUGCAGAGAGGCUGGAGUUGUCCUGCGGUGGAGGAGCCCGUCACUGUGUGCUGUGGGCUGCCCAGUGGAGAGGGGCUUUGUGUUCGACGAGUGUGGUCCCCCGUGUCCCGUGACCUGCUUUAACGUCGACGUGCCACUGGGGGUGAUAGAGAGCCACUGCUUCAAGCCCUGUGUCCCAGGCUGCCAGUGUCCUGCUGGUCUGGUUCUACACGACAGCUACUGCAUACAGCCCGAAAAGUGCCCCAAGAUCAUUCACGGCAACCACACAUGAUGCUCGCUCUCAGGAGUACACUUAAUAUGUAUACACACACACACACACACACACACACUGCCACCACCUCAUAAUCUGCAAUCCACACGAGGACUGCAUCAGCCUUACGUUACUGUAUACUGAAGUUUGAAAUGGAAAUAUAUCCCUAGUGGUGAACUCCAUGACUUAUGGAUUCUACACUUUGACCUCAUCAUACUGCAUUUGGAUGUUUAUAUAAACAUUUUUAUAUAUGAAUCUGUAGCACUGAAUAUUUAUAUUACACAAGAGUUUGUCAUGUUAAUGUCACAUGUCCAUGCCACAUGUCAAUUGGUACUUUACCUGUUUUACACACUCGUGAAAUAUGACAUUGGUUAACUUUUUUAUUAACAGUCAAAAGAGCAUUUGUUUACUGUACAGGUACAUUUCUGCCUGAUGUUGAUAUUGACUGUUUAUACAGUAAACCACGUGAUCUCAGGUAUUCUUUUUUUCUAUUUCCAUUUUACAAAUAAACAAAGGUUUCACCACUA